CCAAAUCUGUAAGGUUAGGUUCCUAUGAUUUAUCCUCUCACGCAGAGCCCGAAUAACUGUGGCAGUCAAAAGUUAGAUUUGUACACAUAUAUAACUAUCUACUGAAACAAAACCACUUUUUGAAGUCUGAUCCCGUUAUUGUGAUGUAGGAGAUCUGAGACGACGGCUUGCUUCGGUGAACACGGCAACAUGAAAACAAAUCCUUUCUUGAAUGGAAGUAAGGAAGUUAAAAGAUAUUUUUUAAAACUGUGUAUACACAUACCGUAUACUACUCGAGGCUUUUCAGUAAAGAACCUGAAGUGGACGUGUCGAAACCUUGAAUUUAACUGCAGAGUUAAUUUUUGUGGAUUUUGAAAGUAAUAGUAUGGAGAACAUAACUAAGAUCUUAAAUGAGAGGUACGCCGAAAUUGUUCUCCCAAACACGGUGCUCCUGGCACUUGGGAUGACGGUGGGAGCCGUGGGGAACAUAGCCAUUAUUUCACUGUAUGUGUCCAAGAUACAGGAUAAAAAGGGGGACCGUUACUUUAUACCCGUCCUCGCUUUCAUUGAUUGCUUGGGUUGUGUUGCCAAUGGAUCUUUCUAUACUACAGAUAACGCCUUCCUCUUUUUGUAUCCAAGUGAAGUUCUUUGCCGUAUUUUGAUAUUCCUCUUAACUUUUGCAUCAGGAUUCUCUGCUCAUGUUCUUUUGGUCAUUGCCUUGCAGCGAUACCUUCUUAUUUGUCGACCAUUUGGCAAACAACUGACUUUGUACAAGAGGAGGAUAUCUUUGGUAAUAAUCACAGUGGCCUGUCUCGGGUAUGCUUGUCCACUGAUAGGUAUAGGCGGCAUUAGACACACCAAUUCCACAUUUCUAAACCAGACGUUUGAGAGCCACAUGUGUGUGCUAUCUGUAGAGACUUCUUUUGGGACACUGGUGUACUUUGGGACAAUGGCUUUGAUUACUGUGGCCAACAUAUUGGUAACAGCUGGGUUGUAUAUUCCAAUAACAAGAGCUAUUUACAGGACAUUUUCGUUCCACAAGAAAAAUGUUUAUAAAAACAACAAGGACAGAAGGAUCUCUGACAGCCAGAGUAGCAGCACUCAGAUCUCUCACAUAACAAUCGAGGAAACGAACAUCAAUCAACAGCAGAACAUAAGUAUACGUCAUCCGAAAGGUGAAAUACAGCAAAAAUCAUCAAAACAGGAGUGUAAAACAAUUCAUAGAACAAACACAGAAGCCAGGAAAGAGAAAGUAAAAGCAAAGAUAAACUUAAUGUUUCUGAUCAUUAUUUUGGUGUACAUACUGUCAUACAUUCCUACCCUGGCGAUUCUGAUAGCGACAUACACCCUAAGUGAUUUUACUUAUCUUGAACUGUCUACGGUGGGGAUUAAUUUGUGGCUCUUCUGUGCCCGGUUUUUGCUGCUCAAUCACGUGAUCAACCCGUUUAUAUAUGGGUAUUUUGACAUCAAGUUACGGACUGAAUUCGCAAAACUUUGUUGUGCUUUUGUGAAACGGAAAUUGGAUUAUUCUGUGGAUAGCCAAACAACUUAAUAAUUGUUUAAUAUGUACUUUUUUGGUUUCAGCAUUGCCCUAGAAAAGAAAUGCGACCAAUUAAACCAAAUGAAUGUCAGGUUGACUAAGCAUUGUAUGCAUUUACAUACUAAUCACCAUUACAAGCAAUAUUUGGUAUGAGAUUCAAAAGGUUCAUGACCAAUUUCAUGUAUUUUUAACACUGUUUUUAUGC